GGCUCCCCCUUGCCUCCUCCCUGUCCCCCCGCCGGACUUUUCCCUCCUCCGAGGAUGAGGCGGCCGACGCGGCGGCUGGCGCUGUCUCUGAUGGGGGUGCUCUGGCUCGCCGCCCUCCUCCUCUUCUUCUUCGGGGCGCGGAGGAAGUUGGAGGCGGCGGAGCCCGAGGGACACACGCCGGAGGAAUCGGAUGUGGACUGGGACGACCUUUGGGAUCAGUUUGAAGAGCGGAGGUACCUGAGUGCCCGGAGGUGGAAGGGCGGCGAGGACCCGUACCGGCUCCAUGCCUUUAACCAGCGGGAGAGCGAGAGGAUCCCCAGUGACCGUGCUGUCCGUGACACCCGCCAUCACAGGUGUACAACUUUGCACUAUGGCCAGGACCUCCCACCAACCAGUGUCAUCAUCACCUUCCACAAUGAGGCCAGGUCAACCCUGCUAAGGACAAUUCGGAGCGUGCUGAACCGCACCCCAGUGCACCUCGUCCAUGAAAUCAUACUAGUGGAUGACUACAGUGAUGAUCCUGAUGACUGCCGCUUGUUGGGACAGCUCCCCAAGGUGAAGUGCUUGCGGAAUGGACGGCGAGAAGGUCUGAUCCGGUCCCGAAUCCGAGGGGCAGAUGUGGCAAAAGCAGGUGUCCUGACCUUUCUGGACAGUCACUGUGAGGUGAAUAAGGACUGGCUGCUCCCUCUGCUGCAGAGGAUCAAAGAGGAUCCCACCCGAGUGGUCAGCCCCGUUAUUGACAUCAUCAACUUGGACACUUUUGCUUAUGUGGCGGCUUCCUCAGACCUCAGAGGAGGUUUCGACUGGAGUUUGCAUUUCAAAUGGGAGCAGCUUUCCCCAGAGCAGAAAGCCAAAAGACUUGAUCCCACUGAACCCAUUAAGACACCCAUCAUUGCUGGAGGGCUGUUUGUGAUCGACAAAGCCUGGUUCAACCACCUGGGGAAAUAUGACAGUGCCAUGGACAUCUGGGGUGGGGAGAACUUCGAAAUCUCCUUCCGUGUGUGGAUGUGCGGAGGGAGCCUGGAAAUCAUCCCCUGCAGCCGUGUUGGGCAUGUCUUCCGGAAGAAACAUCCAUACAUCUUUCCAGAGGGAAAUGCCAAUACGUACAUUAAAAACACCAAGCGCACUGCGGAGGUGUGGAUGGAUGAGUUCAAGCAGUACUACUACGCAGCUCGUCCCGCAGCCCAGGGGAGGCCUUAUGGAAAUGUCCAGAGCAGAGUGGAGCUGCGGAAGAAGUUGAAAUGCCACAGCUUCAAGUGGUACCUGGAAAACGUUUAUCCUGAACUUCGGAUUCCCGAGGAGUCGCUCUAUCAGACUGGGAUGAUCAGGCAAAGACAGAGCUGCCUGGAGUCACACAAGUCUGAAGACCAAGAGCUCCCCAUCCUGAGCUUAAAUCCUUGUAACAGCAGCAAGGGCACAGUACCAAAGGCACAGGAAUGGACAUACACGUACAACCACCAAGUCCGCCAGCAGCAGCUGUGUUUGUCUGUGUACACUCUCUUCCCUGGUUCCCAGGUGCUGCUGUCACCUUGUAAAGAAGGUGACAACAAGCAGCGAUGGGGUAAAGUUGGGUCACACAUUGAACACAUAGCCUCACGCUUCUGUUUGGACACUGAGACGAUUGGGGACACGAAUGAAAGUAUUAAAGAGCUUGUCAUCAACCCUUGUGAGAGCACAGCCAUGAGUCAGCGCUGGGACAUGGUGAUGUCUUGACUUGCUGGAAGAGGUGCACGGCAGGGACGGGCACUGAGACGUUGCUACACGCAGCCAAGAUGCACCAGCUGGAGCUCAAAUGCAAAGCCACUGGGGUUCCUUGUGUGCUGUGGGACAGAAGAAGAAUCAUUCAAAUAAAAAUGGGACACAGCAGUCCAAGUUGAACAACGCAUUUUGACUCUAAGGCAUGCAGCUGGUAUUGGCCUGUUGGCAGUCAUACAUUCAAAGAGAAGGGAUGGCAAAAAAACAAGCUUGAAAUGUUUUAGAGGGAUGCUGGGGCUCCUGCUAUGGGCUGUAUAGAACUUCAGUGUGCACAGUAUUGGUUAUCCACCUGAAAAUGCAGGUAGAAGAGUCUUGAAGACCAAAAGGAAAUUUGGACUGAGCAAAGCAAGCAUCUCAAUAGCUUUUGAGGGUUGAGAUGGGUGCACAAGGUGGGAUGCUAAGAAACAUCUCCAGGGAUCAAGUGGAAAAUGCUGAAUUAUCUUUGCACUUCUUACUGCUGUGAAUGCUUUUGUCUCUGCAGACAGCAUGGGUGGAGCCAUGUUGCACGUUUGAAUUUGUACCUAAUCCACGUACAUGUUGUGUAUACAGAGGCAGAGCAGUCAUUUAUGUCUGUGGCCAGGAUCAAAACAGCAGGUAGUGGGGGAAUCCUGCUUUGUGCUAACUGCACAUGGGGCUUGUUGAAUCUCCAAAGCCCAAGCAAACAGAGGAUUCAGUGUGUGAGAUUAAAGGAUAUAAACUGCCGUGAAGCUGGGAGGAAACGCAGUAACAUGAUUAUUUCUUCUCUCUGGAGGCCAUGGGUCGCUGAAAACUCCCCUAUAAUCUCUCUGUGUCUCUCUCACUGCUUCAGAUCUGGACUAAAUCAAAUUUUCACUUUUAUUCCAUAAAAGUAAUAUUUUUGGUAAUUGAAGGUAAUUGUGUCAUAUUUCUGUUUCUCAAUUUCCAAACUACAGAAGAGGGGACUGCCAUGAAGUGCUGCUACCGAAGCGAUAAAAUUAGAAACUGCUCUGAGAAAGGAAAAGGUAUAUUACCUGGUUUUGCUUCCCAGCUAUCUUGUAGUCCAAGAUAUGAAGUACUGAAGAAAAGGUUUGGGAUUUCCCAAUCACACUGUGAGCAGAGAAGUCUGUGUCAUGACGUACCUCUCUCUCAAAGUCAUUUAACGUAGACAGACCUUGCAGAAAUUAUUUCUUCAGCUUUUGGAGAUAAGUCGUUAACCAGAGGUAAUGGCAGGUGCUAUCAGUAUGUGGGAGUGAGGUGUGACUAUAGGACAAUAGGACAGAUGACCUCGGGAAGGGUCUUAGGCAUAGAAGACUGGAAGGUUGUUUCUACCCUGUCUUUCAGGGCAGCUGCCACUACAGCAACAGAUAACAGGCAGUGGAUCUCCAAGAGCUGUGCACACAGCUCUUGUGAAGUAAAAACUCUCAGAGAACUUUUGCAGGACUGUUGAUGCGACUUGAAAAAUAUAGUUUGUGUCUCUAAAAAUGCUAGGGAUUAAUGAAAAUCCUAUCCUUUUUUUCCUGUGCUGCAAACUGUAGGUAAAAUACCAUAAGCUUUAAGCCUUCAAGCGCUCUCAGCAUCCCUUCUUGAAUAAAUUGCUGGCUUUCAGGAUUUUACUGCCUCAGUUUCUCCUCCCUCAGUGCUGGGAGAAAGCCAUAUGUGUAAAUCUCCCCGGCUUUAGAGGCAGAACCAGUAUAGCUCUUUAUGUACAAAAGGUCGCAGUGCAACAUGCUUUUCAUGUGCUGCAGUGAUUACUAACCUCAUCAAGCUCCCUUGGUGCAUGCCUGUUAUGAAAGGGCUGGAGCAAGCUGUCAUUUCAUGGUGGGAGGUGGUAUUGUUUCCAUGCCACCACUUUACAAAGGAGACAAAGGGAAGCACUUAAAAUGGAAUGGACCCAUUUCAAAAAGAAGGGCAGUGACCUUAGGCUUCUUCUAUUUAAUUGAACAGGGAAAUAUCACACCUACUUCUCACAAUAGUGGUGUCAGGCAAGUGAUAGUAAUUCCCAGUCUAGUGCUUACAAGGGAAAGCACCUCUCAGGAGCUUGAAGCUUAACAGGUUCACACCUGUACUGUACCUACAGCCUGGGACUGCCCAGCUGCUGGCACUUUGAUUCUGAAAAUCUUAGCAUUAGUUUUGAAGUCCAGCACCUGCCAGGUACACUGAGCAGGACCUCAGACCUAUCUAGCUCUAUUGUUUUCCAACAAAGCUGAAAAUACCCGUUCUGCUGACAGCCAAAGCUCUCUAAACAGGUAAUGCUCUUUGCCUUAGCAAAAACAGCUACCUCACGACUUGUGUGCGUGUGCUUGAGCACAGGGACCCAUGGGACCUGCAGGGAUGUAUUCUGGGAAGGAAUUGUUUGACCAGCUUUUCAGCUCUCUUGCCGUUUGCGAAACACAAAUGCUGUACCAAAUCCCUCCUAUUCCAAAACAUGCACUGAGGUGAUCACUGUGAACAUGUUUGUGGGCAAUGGAAGGCAGGCAGUGGGGAGGGUGACAUCAGAAAUGGUGUCCCCUACUAGAGAGUAGCAACUAAGUUCAGCUGAGUCUCUUGCAGGCCCAAAAGCCACCUAACAGACCUGGGUAAAGCAGUGACUUGGCAAGCUGGCGAUUGUGUCUCACACAUAUAUCAGCUGUAACCCUUAGGCUACAACUUAUUUCAUGGUCCAAGAAAUGAGAUUAUCCCUAUGGAUCAGCAAUAUUUUCGGAGAAGCCUGAGACUCUCAGCCUAACUCCUGGGAAGGUUUAUAUAAGCUGGCAAUGCUCUGGCAGUCUCCAGAGUUAGCCCCACUAUGGCAUUUAGCAAAUCUGCUUAAUAUCCCUGCAGAUACCUUGCAUCAUGUCAGGGGAAAGGUUAACUGCUGCUGAAAUCCAACAUAUACCUUUAGGUUUAUUUCACUUAUUAAAAUAGACUGAAGACAGGUUUUUGCUUUGUAUUUGUUCUUGUGUAGGCCUUUAUUUUCAUGCUGUGAACAGAUAAAUGUGACGGAUAGGUAUCUAGACGGGCUCCCAUGCCAAUACUUCUUAAGCCCUAAUGUCAUUUGGUAGUAAUGCUUUUUGGUAACAUUUUGCACUGCCUUGGAAGAAAAUAAGAUAAAAUAGAAAAUAUGAUUCUAAUCCUGGCUGUUGAGCUUUUUGACAGUCUUUAUGAUCUACAGGUAAGUCAUUUCUUGUGCCUUGGAAAAAAUUAAAUUCAGAACAGGAAACUUGGGGCUAGAACUACUACUGGCUUUUAAAGAGCCAACUAAGGCUAUUAAAAAAAAAAUCAAAAAGACCCCAAACAAAAAUUCAAACAAGCACCACCCCUUCCCUCAUGAAGGAGAUCCGUGUUCCACUGAGAAAAAAAUCUAUCUGGUUUUAGUUGGAGUGGAGAAGUCUUGCAGUCCUUAUGUUGCUGCUUAUGUGAUUUCCAAGUAUUUUGUGUUCAUCAUCUCUCUGUACCAGUGAGUACCAUAAGAUAACAACAAAAAGCAUCAGUGCUUGAAGCCUUAGGUUACAACAUGGUGAGGUAGUAAUUUAAUAGUAAAGAGAUGGAAACUGAAUUCAAAGGUUUUGAUUAUCCAGCAAUGCAGCAGGAAAAUGGAUGGAGACUGGUCGUUCAAGACAAGCAGCAGCCCUGAGUGCUAAUCCCUUCUGCUUCUAGGAGUGGCUUGGGAUAGUUUACUUCAUUUCCCUGCCACAGCUUCCCAGACUUUUAGUGAAGAGUGAAUGUUUUGAACAGAGAAAAAGCCAAGGAUUAGUUUUUGUUGCAUGCAAUUCCAGCAGUUCUGGACUGGCAGUCUCUGGAGCUAGUAGCUUCAUGAACCCUUUUUGUCUGUCUGAAGAGGGUCUGAUUCAGAUGGAGUUAAUUUUCUUCAUACAGCCUGUAAUGUCCUGUGUGACCAAAACGGUGUUGAUAACAUACCACAAUGUUUUAGUUAUUGCUGUGCCUGCCCACUGUCAAGGCCUUCAUCUCUCACCCUGCUAGGUAGCAAGUAGGCUAGAGUUGGGGAAGAGGGUUGAGAGGCAACACAGCUGGGACAGCUGACCCAAACUGACCAAAGACACAUAUCACACCCAAUAAUGUCACACUCAGCAAUAAAACUGGGGGGAAUUUUGCUUCAGGAGGUGUUGCUUAAUGACCUGGCUGGGCAUCAGUCUGCAAGUGGUGAGUGAUUGCCUUUGCAUCACUUGGUUGCUUUUGUUUUCUUUCAUUUUCCUUCACUUAUUAGACUGUCUUUAUCUUUACCCACAAGUUUUUCUCGUUUUUGCCCUUCUGAUUCUUUUUCCCAUCCCAUUUGGCAGGGAAUGAAGGAGUGUCUGGGUGGGGGCUUAGCUGCCAGACGAGAUCAACCCACCACACUGCCCUAAGCAAACCAAGGUCUGUAGUUUAUCAGGAUUCAAGGCUCAGGCUCUGAUCACAACUGUGCAAUAGGAUCUGUGCUGCUCAAAUUUCAUAUCUUAAAAGCUUUAUUGAAGAGCUAUGGGCUAGGAUUGUUGGUAGAAGUGGUAAAGGAAGGAAAGUCAAGCAGAUUGCACACAAGCAGCAGAAGAAACUGUAGCUCAUUGAUAUGCUGGCUUAAUUAAUUUUGAAUGAUCAGUCCAGCUCCAGUUUUAAUAUGCAGCUGCUUUAGAUGGCCGAAGAGUUUAAGGAAGCCUGGUAUGAGUGUCCAGCUUAUGUUGAGACUUAAGUGGAAUUUUCCCAGAUUUAUGGAUGUUUUCCAAAUGUCCACUGUCCUAUUACUUGCUGGAAGUGCCUUCAGAACCCCGUAAGAAUAAAAACCUGUUGAAAGCUACCACCUCUCCAACUGAGUCUAAUUAAGUUUCAAGUUGAGCUGCAUUUUAGCUUAGAGCUGAUGAAAAGCAACAUGUAAAUUUGCAGGUAAGAAUGCUGCUUUUGUGGUGUAGGGGGCUGUUUUGUUUUCUCUGGUAUUACUUGGGCUCUGAAGAAAUCCAGGCUGGUUGAGUGUAAUGUACAAAAGAAAACAUGAUUGAGUUUCAAGACUGAGUUUUGCAUAAGCACUCAUCUAGUAAUUAUCUGUCAACUGUCCAUAUCAAUGAGUAAUGUCUGUCAUUUUCCUAUGAUGUAUAUGAAAGAAGUGUCCUGACAAGAUAUUGCUACUGCACAGGGUUAAAUUCAGUUGUAAAAUCAACCAACCAAGCAACCAACCAAUCAGCCAAGGAGGAAAAAAAGGAGAAGGAAUGUUCAUAGCUCGCAUGUAACCUGAUACAUGCAAUAAAAGAAAGGUAUUGCAAAAUUAGAACUGUUCCCAGGCUGAAAGGUUCGGGUUUAUAACAGCACCAGAGCACAAUCUGCCAAACCCUCAGUUUUCUUACUAAGACCAUGUGCCUCUGCAGUCCUCCUGUGGUCCUUCAGAGAAGCCGUACUUCUGUCAAGUAUUAAACAUGCACUACAUGGUC